GCACUCCAAAUGUCACAAGUUGUUACGAUACUUGUCAGUUUUCUUUUACCCGCCCGUUACGUAAAUAUUUUAGGUUAGGCAAUCUUGCCAAAAAAUCCCUAUUAAUUUGUUCUUCAAAGUAAUCGCAGCCAGUUGUCUACACUCCAUCAAAAUGUCUGUAAUCGCAAGAAACGUAAACAGGUUAGCGCUUCAAGUCAUAAGUUCGUCGGUAAGAUCCAUACACUGCACAGCAGCAAAUGCUACUGCAGGAAUUGAAGAAAGACCAGAUGCCCGUACAUCAUGCACCCUUAUCCCCGGAGACGGCGUGGGGCCCGAGCUGAUGCAUUCAGUUCAAGAGGUAUUCAAAGCUUCCGGAAUCCCUGUUGACUUUGAGGCUUAUUUCUUCUCUGAAGUGAACCCCACACUCAGUGCACCUUUAGAUGUAGUAGCAAAUUCCAUACAGAAAAACAGGGUAUGUCUUAAAGGUAUUCUUGCAUCCCCAGAUUACAGUAAUACUGGAGAACUGCAAACUCUCAACAUGAAACUGAGAAAUGCUUUGGACCUGUAUGCGAAUGUGGUGCAUGUUAAAUCUUUAUCAGGAAUUAAAUCUAGACAUGAAAACAUUGAUUGUGUCAUUAUUAGAGAGCAAACUGAAGGAGAAUAUUCUGCCCUGGAACAUGAAGGUGUCAAAGGAGUUGUAGAAUGCCUGAAAAUUGUCACAGCAAAGAAGUCUCUAAGGAUUGCUAAGUUUGCUUUUGACUAUGCUACUAAAAAUCAAAGGAGAAAGGUAACUGCAGUCCACAAAGCCAAUAUCAUGAAAUUGGGAGAUGGUCUAUUUCUUAAGAGCUGCGAAGAUAUGGCUAAACUAUAUCCAAAAAUAGAAUUUGAAAAAAUGAUUGUGGACAAUUGUACCAUGCAGAUGGUAUCUAAACCUCAACAGUUUGACGUGAUGGUCACUCCAAAUUUAUAUGGUAAUAUUGUAGACAACUUGGCUUGUGGUUUGGUUGGAGGGGCAGGUGUUGUAGCAGGUGCUUCCUACUCUGCCAAUGCUGUGGUCUUUGAACCAGGUGCAAGACACACCUACUCAGAAGCUGUAGGCAAGAACAUUGCCAACCCAACUGCCAUGUUGUUGGCAGCUUCAAAAAUGCUUAGGCACAUCAAUCUGCCUGUGUAUGGUGACAUGAUAAGAAAUGCUGUGGAAAAAGUCAUUCGAGAUGGAAAAGUAAGAACCAAAGAUAUUGGAGGACAAUCUAGCACGCAGGAGUUUACCUAUGCUGUUAUUGCCAAUUUGGAAAUUCCCAAAGCAGCAAAAGCAGCAGCUGUAUGAAGAAGGUGAACAUUGUUUUAUUGGCAGUGAGAAGCAUACAGAUCUUUUUUUUCUAGUGCUGUAAUAUAUUAUUGCAAAUACCAAAAGUCAUAUUUAUUGUAAUUUAUUUGAUUUGUUACAUAAUUGUAUAUUAUGUAAGUGAUCAAAAACCAAUUUGCUGUGCAGAUAGCUUACUAAAUAUAAUGUGAUGUAACUGUUGAUAAAAUGUAUAUUAUGUAUGAAAGUAUUAUGUCUUUGAGAUUAUAAACGUGUGUUGAUAACACUUUAA